GUGAUCAUUGGAUCCAUUCAUACCAUUCAUCCAUCCAUUCAGUUGUGACACAAGAUUGCGGUCAACAGUCAUGUCAUUAAUAGAUUCGCAAGAGAUUAGGAUUAAAGUGAGUUCAGUACUCAAUAGAGAUGUCAAACAAUUUGGCAAACAAUUCAUAAUCGAUGGCAAAGACGACACGUGUUGGAACUCAGAUCAGGGAAGCGUUCAAUGGAUUGAAUGUGAACUGAAACAAGACGCGCGCCUAAGAAGUCUGUCCAUUGAAUUUCAGGGCGGAUUCGCUGCCAAACAGAUGACACUUUACUUCUUGGACUCCGGGAACCAAUUGUUAACUCAAACUAAUUUAUAUCCAAAUGAUUCAAAU